AUGGUCAAGCGGCUGGUCGUCUUCGACUUUGACUGGUCCCUCGUCGAUCAAGACACGGACCGCUACGUCUUCGAGUGUCUCCAGCCCGAACUGCGCAAAUCGAUGAAAGUCGACAAAGCGCACGUUCAAUGGACUGAUCUCAUGGCGCGCAACCUUGGCAAGCUGCACGAGCAAGGCUUCACUAGACAGCAAAUUGAAGAAUCUCUUCAGGAGCUCCCCUUUGCAAGUGGCUCGCAGCAUAGAGCCAUGCGAAGAGGCGUACGGUCGCUCAAGGAACGUACCCAGACGACGUUGUUCUGUCUGAGCAACUCCAACUCCAUCUUUAUCGAUACCAUCCUCAAGCAUCAUAGAAUGACCGACAUCUUCAGCGAGAUCGUCACCAAUCCGGCAGAAUGGGACGACACAGGCUUACUCAAGCUACGACGGCGGAUCAGCCCAGAGGAGCAACAGCACAAUUGCAAAGUCGGCUGCAGCCCGAAUAUGUGCAAAGGCACGGAAUUGGCGGCCUACCUCGAGCGACAUGGUGGAUUCGAUCAAGUCAUCUAUGUUGGAGACGGUGGCAACGACAUGUGCCCAGUGCUGACCCUGCGCUCACAAGACCUGGCACUCGUACGAACUGGCCGCGAGCUACAAAGGCGAAUAGCCAGAGAGGGGGGCACCCGAUGCGAGAUCAAAUACUGGGGAGGAGCGUGGGAAGUAGAGCAGAUCUUCAACACAAUGCAAUGA